ACUCGUCAAAUUCAGUCUUAAUAAUGUUGGUUAAAGGUAAAGUUGCGCUUAUAUCUGGCGGUGCGUCAGGAAUUGGAUUAGCGUGUGGAAAUCAAUUGCUAAAAGACGGCGCUUUGGGAAUCGCUUUGGUGGAUAUUAACGAACAACUCGGAAUUUCAGUUACGGACGAUUUAAACAGCAAAUACGGACAAGGAAAAGUAAUUUUCAUCAAGACAAAUGUAUCAAAUAAAAACGAAUUCGAAGAAGCUUUUAAAAAAACCGUUCAAUGUUUUAAACAGUUAGAUAUUUUUCUCAAUAAUGUUGGAUUAUUUGAUGAAGUGCAUUACGAAAAUUGUUUAAAUGUUAAUUUGCUCGGUUGUAUUCAUGGUUUAAAAUUGGCCAUCGAUGAGUAUCUUCCAAAAUAUAAAAGCGAAUCCACAGCAAUUAUAAUAAACACAUCAUCGAUGGCCGGGCUAGUGCCUAUUGUAGGCGUUGAAAUUUAUAGUACCACCAAAUUCGCUAUAAUCGGUUUGACCAGAAAUUUCGGCUGUGAUUAUCAUUAUAAAAGAACUGGUGUGAAAGUUAUAGCUUUAUGUCCCGGACCAACAGAUACACCUAUAUUAGAUAAUGUAACCACCACAAAGUUAGUUUAUAGUGACCGAUUACAAACUCUUCAAGAAGCAGCAAUGAAUGCGCAAAAGCCUGAAGAUUUAGCGGAGUGCUUUAUUCGGAUUAUUAAAACAGAACGUAACGGUUCUACUUGGCUUGUUAACGAGGGAAAGGAAACUGAAAUUGAAUAUCCAAAAUUGGUAUCUUUUUAAAUUUGCUUAUCUAGAAUCCUCUUUGGAUAUUUGUAUAUUUUUGUUGAUUAAACUGAAAAAGAAUCUGUUUUAUAUUAUUACAGAUUUAUAAUCUUACAAUAACUUUAGUUCAACCGAAAAAAUAGCAUUCAACGAUGCAGCGUAUAUUAUCUACAUUACAACAUGCUAUGUUGUUGAUCGUAUUAUAACAGUUGUUCUUUUCUCUUCACGUUUAUUUGCGCUAUGAAAAGUAAAAAAAAGAUGAAAGAAAAAAAGAUAGAAAUUCGGUCUUUAAAAAUAUAUAUUUGACUCAAUCAACUUAUUUAUAUCCAAACAAAAAAAAAUAAUCGGAAAAUUUUAAAACAACCUUUUCUAACAACCAUAAAAUUAAUUAUAUCGAUUAAUCCAAACCAUUUUACAACCCACUUCCACCACAAGAAUUAUGAACUGAAAAAAAAAAUAGGUAAAUAAAAUAAAUAAAAAAAUUAUAAAUUU